CACUGUUGAGCGCAAGGGAUUAUGGUUAGACAGCCGGAAGUAAGAUGGCGGAGGUGAUAGACGAGGUGUUUACUCUCUGAUGGUUGGAAACAGAAGAGCUUAACUUCAUCCUGAGGAGGGAUCAGACAGCAGCAUGGCAGAUGACAACGAGAAACCUGCUGUUGCUCCUCCAGUGUUUGUGUUUCAGAAGGAUAAAACACAAAAGAGGUCCGCAGACGGAUCCAGCACAGAGGAUGGAGAAGACUCUGAAAAAGAAGAUGGCGGAUACAGUCCUGCUGCCAAAAGAGGAAGAACAUCACCAUUUACACAAUUCCCACCAACUCAUUCCGUUUCUAAGAAUAACGUUUUCAUGCCAUCCAGUUUCUGUCAGUCACCAACCGGAAACUCCGACUCAGAACCUGAAGAGAAGACUGUGGGGUUUCGCCUGAAACCCCCGACUCUGAUCCACGGUCAAGCACCGAGCACUGGUGUCCCUAACCCCAAACCCAAAGAAGCCCAGCGCAGCAUUCUGCGACCUCCAGUGCUGCAGCCCCCUCUGGCCCGAACCCCCCCUAAGAACAACACGAGCAACAGCAGUUCAAACGGAGUGGAAAACCUCUCAGAUGGAGGAACAGAAUGUGAACGUAACUCAGAGAUGUCUGCUGCUGGCACACAGGAAAAUGACGUGGCAUUGGUACAGAACAACAGUACUUUGGGGGAAAAAACAGAUGACAAAACAGAUGACAAACCUGAAGGACACGAUGCUCCGGUUGAGGCCAGUUUUGUAUUUGGACAGAAUAUGAGGGACAGAGCAAAGGUGCGUAACAGCUGGGACUCUCAGAAUACUGAUCGUCUUCUGCCAGAAAAUUCAGAGGAAACAAAUUACUUCUUGCAGUGCACCACUUCUAGCACACAGAAACCUGACAACAGCAAUGCCAACAGUGUGAAGUUUGUCUUUGGGCAGAACAUGUUGGAUCGUGUCUUGGCGUUGCCGAAACUCAGCACAGAACUACCAGGGGGCAGCAGAGAGUUUCAGUCUGAGAUGGGCCUGUUCAGCCAGCUUUCAUCCUCACAAGAUCAAACUGUGGAGAAGAGUGACAACAUGAAAGAGUCUCUGGAGGAGUCGGCGGCGCGACACGAAGCACACAAGCCUCAGAAGUGUUUAUUAGAGCGGGUGGAGGUCAGGACAGGAGAGGAGUCUGAGAGCAACGUGCUGCAGAUGCAGUGUAAGUUGUUUGUGUUUGAGAUGACGUCUCAGUCGUGGGUGGAGAGAGGAUGUGGAGUGCUCAGGCUUAAUGACAUGACAUCAGCGACAGCGGAUGACGGCACCUUACAAUCCAGACUGGUCAUGCGGACUCAAGGAAGUCUUCGAGUGAUCCUCAACACUAAGCUUUGGCCUCAGAUGCAGGUGGAUAAAGCCAGCGAGAAGAGUCUCAGAAUAACAGCCAUGGACACAGACGAGCAGGGCGUCAAAGUCUUCCUCAUAUCUUCCAGCUCUAAGGACGCUGCCCAGCUCUUUGCAGCCCUGCAUCAUCGUAUCCUGGCGCUGCGGAGCAUUGGGGGUCAGGAGUCUGAAGGCCAGCCGGAUCUCCCCGCCGGAGAGGUCAUCCGCUUCAGCGACGACGACGAGUCCCGCACGCCCCCCAAAGCGGCUACGCCUGAUCCAGGUAACCCGGAGGCUGGUGUGUGUUCAUCCACAGGUGACACACAGUGCUGAGCCUGCUGCUGAUUUCUAUCCCACAAUGCCUCACUGCAGCCCUCUGAUCAGCUCAAAUACUAUGCAGGUGUUUUUCUCCAAACUCCUUCAGGUGUACUAUAGUCAUGUGUUCAGCUGGUUUUAUUUAUUGCAUUUUUAACCGCAAAAAAAAGACUGCACACGUAACACUCUCAAUGUCAUCAUAUUGAUGAAAAUGAGAGGCUCUUAGUGUUUUAGUAAACCAUCAAGAUGUGAUAACUCGUUUAUGUGAGACUUAAUUAUUCCAUGCCCUCCUGAGUGGAAACAGGAUAGAGUGCACACAGAGACCAACCAUCUCAGUUUCAGCUGCACUGUUUAAAUCUUCCCUCACUCCUCACUUUAGAUCUCAGAAGGAUUUCAGAUGAGUCAUGGGCAGCAUGUAGUUUACUCGGUAGUCCGCUCAUAUAGUGCUGUAGAACAGUACAAUGUUAAAAGAGAGCUGAUCACUCAUGAGACUGCUCUUAUCUAAACAGAGUUUAGAAUCAGAAACAUUCACAAUGCAGCUUUAAGAGGACCUCAUUUAUUACAUUAUUCAUAUUAUAUCAUAUGUGUUUAGUCUGUUUACUUAAAGGAAAAGUUUACCCAUAAAUGAAAAUUCUGUUGUGUUUCUCUUGUCGUUUCAAAGCUCUAUAUGCUGCAAA